AUGGCUGCGACAGGCGCCGACACGUCUAUGUCACGAUACGACUCAUCAGCCGGCGAACUAUCAUCGCCUCCUUCCGGAUCGCUAUCAGAACCUGGUUCACCAUCACGAAAUGGAUCCGGUAGCCGAGCACCGCAAGACUAUGACGAGAUCGUCGUCGUUUCCAGCGAUGGCCAAUAUCAACACAUCGGCCACCAGAAUCAUAGCGAACGCCCUCCACCGCCUAUGCCACCCCAAUCAGGCACAGGCCCCCCUAGACGAUACGCACUUGUCGACAACCAAUGGGUCCAAUUAACCGCUGCAGGUGUGCCGCGCAAGAAGCCUGGACGGAAACCUGGUACCAUUGUGAAACCUCGAAAUUCGGACGGUGCCGAUGCAGCAAAGGCUUCUCGAAAGCCUAGGAAACCUCGCGAUCCUAAUGCGCCAGCAUUGCCACGCAAGAGAAAGAUUGCCCCUGCAGAUGGCGAGAGUGAAAUCCCGGGAGAUUCAAAGUCUCUUGCCGAAGCUGCAUCAUCCGCCGGCCAGGGACGCAUGUCGGAUAUCUCCCAUAUAUCAGCAUUGUCACCUGCUCAUCAUAACCGCCAAACAUCGUCUUCAUUACAUCAACCCGAACAACGUUAUUCACCAAAGAUGUUGAAGCGUGAACACUUUAUGCAGAACAUAUUAAAUUCGGAUACGCCUGUGGAACGACCACAGUCUCAACCCCAGACCCAACCUCAGUCUCAGCAUAAUAGCUCUACAUCUAUACCUGUUCGUACCAGCGGUCAAAGCUACGAUCCUAUCCGCGGUAACUACGAUCCUGUUCGUGAGACAAUGGUUUCUCAUAGCCCUUACCCGUCUACUUCUGGUUCACCAAGACCUGCUUCUCAAGUGCCUAAUCGAUCGCCAACCAUUGCUAGCCUUCUUGGUGGGAAUGAAUCGCGCAGCUCAUAUCAGCCACCCUCGAACCAGUCUCGCUUCCAGGCACAUGAACCAUCCCAACCACCAUCACCAUCCAAAGACCCUCGCGGCAUAUUGACACCAACUCCUUCUUCGCGACCACCAGUGCAGGAAGCAAAGAAGGAUGCACCACCUCCACCACCACCCGUUCAAAGGCCAGUCAUCAAAGAAUCUAACUUCACAACCAUUUCUAAUGGCCCUAUUAAGAAGUCAUCGCCAAAGCAGAAGCCUCACACUGGAGUUUCCACGCCAAAGACUGACACCCUCGAUGAUAUGGGAGAAAGUGAAGGCCGUUCCAUUCUCGACUUUGGUCGAGCUAAGCCAGGGGAAGAAGCCCAGGCCCCAACCAUUGUUCUCAGUAUACCUAUCCAGGCUGGCGAGACAAACAGAUAUGUCAAUUUCAUGCGCAUGGCUGAGGAACGGUAUGGAUGGGAUGCUCUUCACCCUCGCCUGGCUGCCAACCGAGACCGCAAGGCUCGCAUCGCUGCGGCGGCUGCCUCUCUAGAAAAGGCGGAAUCGGGCCGCGAAUCUGGUGAUGAAAUGUCCGUCGAUCUCUCCGAUGCCGAGGCUAGCAACCCCGACAACGGCGCGACCAGCGGCCCUGAUGCCCAGGCCAAGCCCAAGAAGAAGCGUAAUUUCAAGGAGGAUCAGUACGAUGUUGAUGAUGAUUUUGUCGACGAUUCAGAGCUCCUAUGGGAAGCUCAGGCGGCAGCAAGCCGUGACGGGUUCUUUGUCUACUCCGGCCCUCUUGUACCCGAGGUCGAGAAGCCAGCUGCUGGCCAUGAUGGUCCCCCUAAGCGUGGACGGGGUGGAAGAGGUAGCAGGGGAGGUGGAAGAGGUGCGUCGACCAGAGGCGGGACAGGCAGCGGCCGCGGCGGAGGACCUGGAUCUCGAGGUGGCUCUGUCACCCGAAAACCCCGUAUCACUAAGCAGGAGAAGGCACAACGGGAACGCGAGAAGGCUGAGCGCGAAACAAUGGCCCAAAUGGCCAAGACACCUACCCAGGGUGGCCACUCACUAAACCCAACCACGCCAUCCUUCGCUGUGAGCGAGUUAGGGGCUUAG